UCACAUGUUGCCAAAUUGUUUAGGUACAGUGUCUCUUCAUGUUUACAUAAAUAGAAUUAAAUCUCUCUCUCCACCACAUCUUCCUCUAUAUUCUCCACCGUUCUUUCCUUUCUCUCUCUGGAAUUCAACUUCUGGAGAACUACUUAACAUAUAUAAGGAAAAGCAAAAGGAGUCUAUGUCGAGCAUGUCGAUGUCGUCCUCCUCAGCUCCAGCUUAUCCACCGGACCACAUCUCAUCUUCAGACCAGCUCUGUUACGUCCAUUGCAGCUUUUGCGACACUGUCCUAGCUGUAAGUGUUCCUCCAAGUAGUUUGUUCAAGACCGUGACGGUGAGAUGCGGCCACUGCUCAAAUCUUUUGUCGGUGACUGUGAACAUGAGAGCUCUUCUUCUUCCCUCCGUUUCAAACAUUGGCCAUCCGUUUUUACCUUCUCCUCCUCCUCCCCCUCCUCCUAGUCUCUUGGAGGAGAUGCGAAACGGAGGGCAGAAUAUAAACAUGAACAUGAUGAUGAGCCAUCACGCAGCAGCUCACCACUCCAACGAGUCUUUCGUCAUGGCCACUCGUAACGGAAGUGUCGAUCUGCAGGAAAUGCCUCGCCCACCACCAGCCAAUAGACCAGCCCCAGAGAAGCGACAAAGAGUACCAUCUGCUUACAACCGAUUCAUCAAAGAGGAGAUCCAACGUAUAAAGGCAGGCAACCCUGAUAUCAGCCACAGAGAGGCCUUCAGUGCAGCUGCCAAAAAUUGGGCUCAUUUUCCUCACAUUCACUUUGGUCUCAUGCCUGAUCAUCCUCCUACCAAGAAGGCUAACGUGCGCUAGCAGGAAGGAGAGGAAGCGAUGAUGGGAAGAGAAGGCUUCUACGGCUCAGCUGCAAAUGUUGGUGUGACCCAUAACUAGCUAUAGCUUCUUCUUUUUUCUUAAUUAAGGUUUCUUCAUGUUCUCAAUUAAGAACUUUUAAUAUCAUAAUGUGGUUAAUUUCAGCUCAAAACUUUAACUGAUUAUUAUGAUUAUGAUGACAUUGAUAAUCUCGA